AUGAACAAGGAAUCGUCACCAGAUAAAAAGUAUUUUGAAGAUCAGACAAAGUUUAAAGAAAAAUUGGAACCAGAGACAGCACUCGAGAGAUUUGCUGCAACAGUUAUUGCUAAAAAUAUUGAAGGACUUAGAGCUGAAUUUGUCUUGCUUGAUAGUUUUAGGACCACAAACGACGCAAUUUCAAGUUUUAUCGAGCAUGAAGAUUGCAAUCGUCAUAAGGACAUUGUGUGCUAUGACAGAACAAGAGUCAUACUGAGGGAUGGUCUUCCACUGGAAACAGAUUAUAUCCACGCUAACUAUGUUAAAUCGCAAUUAUGCAAACUUAAAACUACUUAUAUAUGCACCCAGUGCCCUAUGAAUAAUACAGUUAAUGAUUUCUGGAGGAUGGUUGCGCAGGAAAAGCCAAAAAUUGUUGUAAUGUUGUGCAAAAAUAUAAAAAAUGGUGCAACAGAUUGUGCUCAAUAUUGUCCUUUAGAAUGGGGUCAGUCAAAACAAUAUGGAAAUAUUCGUGUGCAAUAUAUGAAAAAGAUUUCUUCAAUAACCGAAAAGAUUAAUAAUAACGGAAUACCAAAGUCAAGAAUGGGUAUGCUGCGAAUAUUGCGUAAAAUUCCUGAUCAUCCAAACAGCCGUACAAUAAUUCACUGUUGUGAUGGCGUCGGCAUGUCAGGAACCAUGAUAGCAUGUAAAAUUUCUCUGAAAAUACUCCUUGAAGGAAAAAACUUGGAUGUGAUGGAUGUGAUAAGGGAGAUUCGAAGUCAACGUGCAUGUGCCGUACGAACCGAAGCUCAGUAUAUCUAUCUUCAUAAAACUUUGUGUGAAUAUAUUAGUGCUAAAAAAAUUCUAAGAAGGCCCAUAUUUGAUUUUAUCAAGUUAUGCGAAGCUUAUCAUGCAAACGUCAUUUAA